CUAAGAUUAUCGUUACCAUGUUCCAAACUCACUGAUACAUUUCUCAAUUCCCAGCUCGAUUUCUUCUUUUUUUUUUUUUUUUAUACUGUAGUGUUUUAGGGGAAUAUAGAACUGUAGAAAUCUUCCUACCAGUACGUCCCUGAGUGUCACAGGAGCUGUGCAGCCAACUAGAGGUGAGAAAGGUAGGGAUCUUAUUGCUUAGAGCUAAGAUAAUGAAGAUAUGUGAUUAGUAAAUUGUUGAUGAAUGUAUGGAUCAUUCUGUGUUCUCUUUAUUUUGGGUUUAGUUUGAUAUUUUGUAUACCUUAAAUAUGGUGUGGAGAUGAUUUUGAGAAAUGAUGGAGACAAUGAGAAACCCAAUUCUCACUGUACUCGCUCCUCCAACUGCUUAAACACUGUUAUCAUUUUGAACACUGACAAACAAAGACACACUUUUGCACUUGUAAAUAAACCAUAUGUAAACCAUAGGAAUGAGAGGGUUAUAUAGUAAACCACAUUUUGGGAAUUUAUUGCUAGAGCAUUUUUAUAGACAGUGGCAGGCAAAUAUUAUAGUAACACUUGCUAAAUCGUCAGACUGACUGUUGUAAUAAGUGUUUUAGAGUGAAAACAUACCAAUUACCCACAACAGCCUGCACAACUAUAAGGAAAGUGGGACGAUCUGUGCCUCAGGUCCCCAGAUCUCUUUUUAUUAUUUUCACUAAUCUGAUAAAGGAAAGAUUGUGGGCAUUACAGUAACAUGCCAGUUCUCUCAGGCUACUGCAGCAGAGACUUAAUAACUGUAACGGAUCCCAAUACUCCAAACUGAGUCUAUCUGUAAAGAAGCUCCCCAGUUCCAGUGAAGUAGUGAUAUAAUAGGGAAUAUAGCUCCCAACCUCACAAACGUUAGCCUAGACUUAAUGAAGGGGUAAAACAAUCUGUUUAAUCCAGGCUCAAAUGCCUGCUUUUUUACAAUGCAGAGGUACAAUCUACAUGCCCAUGGCACUCCCAUAACCACACCCACAAAAUGUCCCCAAAAUGCCAUGUCACGAACAACCCUCAGCCACCACGAACACAGUUGAAUCGCCACCUCGGUGAAGUUUUGACCAACCGCUUAUGAGGUGCCUGCCCAAAAUAGUUCAAUAGUUUUAGAGGUAGCGGUUGGUCAUGUUCGGGAGUUCCAAAAUGCAUGAAAAGGUGAACGGUUCCCCUGGCUCAUUGGUAGUGUUUGUUCGCGGGGUCCAUACAAACAAACCUAUCGAACAGCGCUCUCCUGGCUUGUCGCGAAAGGAAGCAGGUGUUCUAAUAGUUUCACCGGUGUUCGCACUAUCGAGUGUCCGUCUUGGAGUUUCAGACACUCGAUGACCAAGUCCCACUGCCUGCUUUCGUGCGACAAGAUGGCUGCCGUUUUCUCCACCACGUGGCGCUCGGUUUUACAAACGGCGGCCACACAAAGGGAGCACUUAAUUAUUGCAGUUACUUAAUGAGUGUGUGAAAUUCUUUGCUUUUGUUGCAAUAUAACUGCAACUAUAUCAGCUUCUCGAAUAUUUAGACUUAUUGGUUCCCCCUUGGUUGGACGUUACAGAUAAACUCUAAAGCUUUGUUUUAAGCAAGUGGCAUGUGCUUAGAGGGAAAUCUAUCCACAUUUAUACAAAGAAUUGAAAAGUGAAAACAAUUUAGAUGCAAUAUUUUUUUGCUGGCCUAUUUUUUCCAGGAUGUAAAUAUUCACAGAAUGAAAGCAAAACUGAAUCAGAGAAUUUUUCCAGAUCAGCUAUUUUCUCUUUAAAAUUGCUUUCUCUCCACAGAGUCCAUGGCUUGCCUUGCACUAAGAUUAUACAAUAAAUAUUAACUAGCUACUUCACCAUGGAUAACGUUCUGGAAAAAUAAUGGUUAAUUUCUUUCAUUUUGGAUAUUAUGGGAAUUUAGAUAAAUCCUUUAGCACCUAACAUUUACUAUUUACGUUUUUUGUUUGUUUUUUUAUUUUAUUUGGUAAUUUUUGAUUAUCUGAAUUUACGAUAAACUAUUGUCUUUGUAAUGAUGUUUUUUUGUAAUUUUUGGGGGGAAAUUCAAAUUUCAAACAAAUUAAAACGAAAGAAAAACACGAAAAAAAUAAAAUGUUCUUGAUUUGUGUAUUUCACACGAGACAGCGUUUGCCAAAAGUACCAAAGAACUGGUUUCAUUUUGUGCUACUCACACGCUGUAGUCAUAUGUAUUUUUUUAAAGAAACUAUUUUUAUUAUUAUUAUUUUGUUUUAUAUUUUUGUUUUCUCUUGUAGAUUGAAGCGGGAGUGACCGAUCGGGAAGAUGUUCUGUGGUUUGAAGUCAGCGAUUCUGGUUCUGCUUCUUGUUUGCUCCAUUUUGGCGCUAACAGCAAUGAUAACAGAUUUUUGGAUCACUAUCCCAUCUACUUUCCAAUAUGCUGGACUUUUCAGAAUUUGCACAAGAGGCAGUGGCUGUUUAAAUUUCGCUGAUCUAGGUAUGAAAUGUCACAACAUUUCCAUAUUCCUCAAGUGUUUUUGCUUAAUGCUUUAAAGGGAUAGCUAUACAUUUGGACAUAAAAAUAUGCCCUAAAAACACCCGUGUGUAGUCCACUAUGGGUGUCAAAAUAAUUUAACCAUACAAUGAAAAUGUAAGCAUUGGAAACUAUUUUGGAAUGGGUUGUUCUUUUCUUAUUUGCAUUUGUAUUAUAAAACCCACAGUUCACUUUUAAAUAGUUUUCAAGUUUUUUGCGAAAUAUUGCCAGUUACGCAAUAUAUUGGUAAACGCAUUUUAGUUUAUGUACGAUGGGGAUGGUGGGGCACAGCAUGGAUACCCAUUAAUUAAUAUUGCCAUUGCAGGAAAUUGAUCAGAUUGGAAAAGGCUUAUGUUUAGACAAUUCGAUAUAUUUCCCAUAAUACAUCUCUAAUAAUAAAACCUUCUUGGUAAGGAUACUUCAGCAGUGGAAUUUUAGGAAGAAUAUGGCAACAUGACACUGGUGUACCUAGAAAUGUUUCAACUCAUGUGUGGGUCUUCGUCAAGCCAAGGUGCUGUGUUGGUUAUCUACUGGAGCGUCCGAUCUAUAGAAAUAACUCAAAACAUUUACUAACGCACUUUUUCUGAAAAAAAAGCAUUUUCUGAAAAAAAAAGCAUGUCAAUAAAAAUUAUAUAAACUCACUCCAACCAAAAAUAGUGCUUUAAUAAAAUCAGUUAGGUAGGCAGAGUGAAGGUGGCAUGCUUUGAUUGGUUUGUCAGUCCAGUCACCAUUCACCAGCUUCCUAUGCGUGCUGAUUACAGACACAAUGUAUUCCGCUAAUUAACAUUAGAAACCCGGCCUGUUUGUUGCAAGUUGCUAAUAACAUCUCCAGCAGUAUAAUUAAUUAUCUCUGUAUGUGGGGUAUUUCUUACUGAAACGUUUCACAUACGGACUCCGAGCACCAUCACCACUUCAAAACACUGCAGUGGACAUAUUGCAUGGAGUAAUCCUUUAAAUAAAUAAAAAUAAAUUCUCUAAUAUGUACAAACUGUAUGGACUAAAUAAAACUGAGAUAGAUAUAGGGUCCAAAUGAACGUCUUAAUUAAUUUAUUUGUUAUUUAUUUAUUUAUUUCAGAUGAUGUUAAGAAUCUCUUACUAUCAGCUUUCAUAAUUGGACUGGUCUUUACGUUGCCAUUUGCGAUUAUAGAAUUGCGGUAUGCACGCACCGGUGGAUUUGGGUGUCUUCUUAUAGUUGGAGUUUUCUCAAGCUUGAUAGGUAAAUAAAUAUUGUAUACAGUGAUAAAUACAGUACCAAUACUAUUGAAACAGUUGGUUAAUCUAGUAAGCCAGCAACCUACACAUUUGGGCUAUGAAAAACAGUGGAAGUCUUCCUGUAAGCACCAUAACAAAUUUGCAUUAUUGGUUACAGAUAGGAGUGGCCUAUAAUGCGGUUUGUAAAAAUGUCUUACCCCAUAAGCCAAUCGAUUAAAGUUGUAACGAUGGGUAGAACAAAACUGGAUUGUGGCCAAACAAAUGGGAUUGAGGGUAGCAGAAAACCAGCUAGAGAUGUAGACAAUGGCUGUUACCUCUACCUCCAACCUGUAGGCUGUUUUGUAGAAGAUAACAUUGUAGGGAAAAAAGAUGGUUGAUGACUAUGGGACAAUCGGUUUAUCCACAGAAGUGAGCAACAGAGGGGGAAAAAGAGCACUCAGAAAAAAAAUCUAUUCUUAUAUAUUAUUCAAAUAUAUAAUAUAUAAACAUUUUUUACUGAUCCCUCUAUUUUUUCCUUUAUUAACCAAAUGUUGGAAAAAUGCUCCUAUUAAUGUACUAUAAAAUCUAUACAUGCUAUUAUAUUAUACAUAUAUUUAUCAACACACUAUUAGGCCCAUUUCUGGUGCCUUUUUAGCUUGUUCGCUCAAUUAUUUUCUAGACUUAUCUGAGGGACCAGGCUAUGCCCUAUAUUGGGAUAAGGUGAGGAUUUAUGGACAGAGUGGUUGGGUGCAUUCUGGUGCAUGCUGGGGACUUAUGGACAUGAGUUUUUAUUUAUGUAUAUCCUCUGUAACCAUCACUGAGCACAGCAGAACUUCAUGGGGUUCUCCACUGUUUCGAUCAUGAGGCUAUGCAAGGUCUGGAUUUCCAUUGCUACACUCAACAAUCUAAUGUGGGCAGUUGCCAUGGAAAAGGUACUCUGGUAAAUAUAAAGUUGCCCCAAUGUCAGAAAAAAACACUUCAGAUUCUAUUAAAUGAACAUUUGUGAACGUUAAAACCAUAAACAUUUUUAAGGAAACAUUUUUGAUUUAAAUAUAGAUUUUAGAUCCUGUGGAUAGAUGGGAGAGAUGCGAGUCUAUAAUUGGUUCAAUGACUUCGUCACCAGAGUGAGCAGUCGAUUCAGUUGAUUACCAUUUUUGAAAUGUUUUCCUCCUCUUUGCAGCUCUUCUGGGGUUUGUAGCCAUGAUUAUGGGCGCAGUGUUCUUUUCAUCGAGACUUGGCAGCACAUAUUCCUAUUCCUGGUCCUUUGCUCUGGGAUGGCUUUCAGUGAUAACCGCAAUAGCUACAGGUAAUGCUUGCCCAUCUCAGCUAUCUGUGUUCCAGAGGGAAAAAAAGUGCUUAAAAAAAAAACCAACACAGCAUGGUUACUCAGAUCCCACCGGCAACCUUGUAGAUAAGGCUUGAUAUACUUUUUUUGGAGCCCUAUGCCAGCUAUCGGAGGUUUUCACUAAACACCAAAUGUUGUUUGAAUGGACUAAAUUUGAAUUACAAUUCACAUAUUUAGUAAACGGCAGUCUGGUUAGAAUUUGGUAAUUCUGACCGAAUAAGCACCAUCUGACUGCAUCCAUUUUGUAUCUGCUUUAAAAUCAGCAGUUUUCAUGGGCAAACCCUAUAUAAAAUAUAAGACUGGCAUAUUUUUGCCAAACAUGAGAUUUGGACUAGAUCUGAUUGCGCUGUAUGAUUUUUUUAACAUCCAGUUGCAGUGCUGUGGUGACAAGAAUGCCCUGGUGCAACCCCCUCCAUUGUAAGCACUCAAUCCGUUUUAGAAUGGUUUGACUUCUUAUUUAGGGUCUGCUGAAUGCCGCUCUCUGACUCCACUACUAGAGGCUGAGAAACUAAAGCUCUCUGUCUGAGUUAAGCCUGGCGGUGCAGGGCUAAGCUCACAGUCUGCGAGUAAUCAGCCAAAGAACAAGUCCUCUACUGCGGGGCUUAGCUCAGAUGACCUAACGGAAGCUCUUGCUUAGGAGAUUCUGGCUAUCUGUUUGAAGUAGUAGAGGCGGGUAGUGGCACCCCGCUGUCCAAGAUAACAGGUCAAUCUGUUGUAAAAUGGUUAUGGUGCUUGGAGUGUUCCUAUAAAUAAGAAUUUACCAUGAGUGCACUUCUAUUCCUCCAGCUUACGGACAGUGAACUCCCUUAUUAAUAUUGUUUGUACAUGAUAUUGUCCCCUCAUCAACUCACUGUGUUCUCUCUCCAUCUAGCUGCAUUCAGCUUCUACAUCUUUAAAGUGGAACCACCUAUUCAAUCUCCUGAGGAGAACACAGAGGCUGGAGCUUUACCUGGAGCCACAACAACCCCAAAACCACAAGAGCAUGUCGCCAUUUAUUUCAAUCGCAUCUCCCGAUUAUUCUAGUCGAACAAAAAUAGACAAAAUCACCCUUAUACCGAGAAUAUCCCAGACGGGGCUUGGUCAGCUGGAGUGGUACCAAUUCCACCCAGGGCUUAACCAUUAUUAAUGAGAAAUAAAGCAAGAGAAACCUUAUCCAAGAAUCCCUGGUUUGGUAUUAAGUAGAACCAUGUACCUUAUUGAUAUGUCUUCAACAGUAAAUAAUGUGUGAGAAGAUUCCUACAAUUUAGCAAAAGAUAACCAUGUAACCGUCUAUUCGGUGAUAUAACCGGCUUUAUUAACCAUUGCCAAAAAUAACCAUCAAACUGACAGUUGUAUCUAAUUAGAUUAGUGAUCAUAAAGGUCAAGACAGUGUAAUAUGCUGUGUCUCUAUAUAUUCCCUAUUGAAAUAGCAAACAUCCCUUCAAACUACUUCCUGAUUUGAAACGUCCAAACAAUCUGGAGUAAUCAUAGAAUACAGGAAUAGGAAGAGGGAAGUUAGAGUGAAAAACUAGUAUUAUAAUUGGGAGAGCUCACCUAAACUGUCAAUUGACUGUGGUAGUUGUGCAGUGGGUUGUUAGAGUAAGAAAGUGGGGUAAUGAUUCUAAGAUAGGUAUUACAGAAGGGAAAGUGUGGGAAGUCUGGAAGGAUAGAAGGAGGGGGAAAGUAAAUACCUUCAAAAACAGCUAGGUAAGUAUGUGGGUGGUCAUAGGCAGCAAUUGUCUGGAGGCUUAAAAAUGCCUAUCUUACAUGCAUACUGCUCCUUCUUAUGCAAAGAGUCCUCUUAUCACUAGUCUAGACUUAGUAGAUUUAUUGGGCAGACUAGAUGGGCCGAAUGGUUCUUAUCUGCCGUCAAAUUCUAUAUUUCUAUGCAUUAACCGAAAUCCCUCCUUACCGCACCUUCAAGGGUGCAAAGAACCAGAAAUAAAUUAAAUCUACUGCACCUUCACGGGUGCUCUAAAUGCCUGAUACGGAUAUCCCUAAUAACACCUUUGUGGAUUCCAUUAGUAUAAGUCUCUCUAUGUAAGAUGGAAAUUGAAUCUCCUAUCUCCUAAUGUUACACUAGGUAAACCCUCAUUUAACCCCCUAGAACAUCCACACAAUAGUAAAAACAGAGUGGUGACCGAACUGUGAAUAGUGCAUAGUAAAUUAAGUGCUAAGUAAAAAAUAAAUAAAAUAAGGUUCCGACGCACGUUACAAUGCUCUAAUGGCACCUUCGUCAUUGGUGCAGCUUUCAAACUGAAAGCCUCGAGUUUUAAAAGGUGAUUGGUCGCACCUAUCGCGUCUCAUGUUCCAUCCUCCAAAGCGAUAUCAUCGUCUAAGUGGGCGGAUCUCGCCAAUUUGACACUAUUCAGUAAUUCCCAGUAGGCGGUGAAGUACGUGAUUCUCGGGCGAGAUAACCACUUCAACCUUUAAACUUAUCGGUCAUAUAUUUCAUAAGUAUAUAGAGUAAAUAUAAUUUUACUGAUCAGUUAUAACUUGUGUUAUAGGGGACUCCUCGUGUUUGUGCAGAUAUAUAUUUGAAAAAAACAAAUAGGUUUCGAAUGGUUUUAAAUAUAUAUUGUUAUCGAAGGGACUUGUAUUCAUAACUAUACAAACACCCCUCUAAAAUUCUGCAAUAUUUUCCCCAAAGAAUGUUAUCAAUCAGUUACAUGGUUCUACUUAAUACCAAACCAGGGAUUCUUGGAUAAGCUUUCCCUUGCUUUAUGGAUCUAGUCGAAGCCCAACUCUAAUGGUGAAUUUCCCAUUUUAGACCAAAUAGCUCAGCUGGAUGCGUAGCAAGCUCAGUUAUUUGGUUUUAAAUUUGAAAUUCACUUUGAAUUCACAAUAAUUCUCACUUUAGUAAAAACCCUGUGAAUAUCUCAGAACAAAGCAGAAAUAAAACCUGCUGACACACACAGAGGCUUGAAGGACCAUCUUCCCUCUGAAAGCCGCACGACUCUGCGAUGCCCCUAGCCGGCAUAGGCUGAUACAGGUGCCAGGGCUGCACCAAGAAGAGCUGUUGCCCUUCAUCUUACCCUCACGCCAAGGCGUAAUUUAUGUGAUACUGCUCUCAAGCAUCCUUGAAAUUUCUGUGACACUAAUCUCCAGCAUCCUUUCUCUCUUUUCUUGUAUCGCCUCUGGCCUACUCUUUACGACAUGCAGCCAGCUGAGGGCCUCCGUGGGAAACUUUCCUGAUAAUAUUCAGGUUGACAUAUGAUUGUCUCUAUCCUUAACCUUAAGAAUGUCUGUGUCUUAGUUACACUAUCUGUCGACUAACGUUAUACAAUAAUUUGCUUAGACACGUUAAACUUCAUUGGAUUACUAAUCUAUUACAAAAAUUGUGCUAACUUAAUCUGAAUGCCAUGCUACUAUCUUAUAUUGUAUGUUAUUACUCUGUUAUCAUUGCUGUCGUGACAUCAAAAGCUUUUUUUGUUAUCUCUGGCACUGCAAAAAUAAAGAAAAAAAAAAACAAAAACGUGUAAUCAUUUAAAAGACACAAAAAAUAAGAAGCUAAAAAAGAGAACCUACAUACUGUCAGGGGGAACACAGAUUGCAAUUCUCCCUAGCGCAAAACACAUUCAGUGAAAAAUACAAUUAAAAACCUUGCCCCCCAUAGGCACUCAAAAUGUCCUUGCCCAGGGUAUCAGCAUAUCCCUUUUCAAUACAGAGGACACCCCUAAAAUGCAGGAAUUACAGUCAUGCCAAGAAAUAUAUCAAAUGCUGGUAAAUUCUCACUUUAGUAAGUAGCCAUAUGUGUGUGGUUUUCAAAGGACUCUGAAGCCACAGUGAAUACAGGCAUUUAUCUGUAUCUCUGUAUUGAUAAAAUUGACAUUUACCCAGUACCAUGGGAUAGGGCAUCCAGAGGCAGUGUUAUUAAUUGUAUUUUUUGGUUGGUACUACAUUGCUGGGUUCCCCCAUAUCCAUCAAUGUCGAAUAGAGAUAGUACUGAAUGAACUCUUUUUAGGUGACCACCAGGUAAUGGUGACCAUUUAAUGCCACCAUGAAUAAAUCUGCAAAGGGGUCAAAGGAUAGAAGUGUAAAGAUAACCCAAAGAUUUACAGCAUCUAUAAGAAUUCUAUUUAUUCUGUUUAAUGGCUCCUAAUUUUAAUCUGGGGACACACAUACAUACUCACACUUACCUAUCUACCUACCUCUGUAGGGCAUAGAAGAGCUAUAUUGGGGUUCCUGUUUAUGGUUGCUUGCAUUUCCUCAUUUGUGUGUGACAUAUUGAUCUCAGACUCAGCCUUGUCAUAGUCAACAGCCCGGAGUCUCUUCUAUUUGAAGAUGAAUCAUUGAUCUUUCAUACGAUUAAAAUGCUGAGCAUAUGGGCAUUGGGCGCUGAGGUACAAAGAGGGAAACCUGGCCAGUCAGACCAUUCAUUUUGAAGAGUAUAUAAAAACAUUACAGCCUGGGAUGUCCCGUUUAUUGACCACCCACUGCUGAGCCAUUCCGAGGUCAUUCCAUUUUCAUACAUCUUUAAAAAAGUCUACUUUGUUUUAUAGCAAAUAUACAAUAAAUUGUCCUUAAAGGUUUAAGACUGAAGGCCUUGGUAAUUAAAAUAUCUUAAAACUUUCAACAGCAUACUAGAAAAAUUAAAAAAAUUAAAUAAAGGUACAACAUACGGAAUGUCACGCUAUUUAGAAUCAUCUCAGCUUUUUCCUGUUCACAAACCAGACUCUGAGUAUUACAAGCCCCUUGUUAACCACUUCCACUGCUAUUUGUCAUCUUUGAUGUGGCCUCAAUGUGCGGGUCAAUCAGAUAACCAUUCCUUCUACGGUCUUUAAUCAAAUAGGAUGCUUGCAUUUCAUAUUAUAUUACUUGGGAGUGUUACAUGUAAGUGUGUAUAUUGACACAUGUUCACUCGCCCUACAUAAGACUGUAAACAUUGUGAAGAGGUAAUUCCAAAAUAUUGUCAAACAUAUGAGUCCCCGCAGAGUCUGCAUGCAGUGCACGUUCUCUUGUAAUUUUUUUUUCUUCUGCUUUUGAGUAAAAAAAUAAAUAAAGAAAAUUAUUGAAUAACA